UGUUCUUUUUUUCUUUUCAAUGGGGUCUGGAUUUUCUACAUCUAACAAUGAAGGAUCUGGGGCGGUCGGUCUAGGAGACUUACCGGAGAACUGUCUAGCGAUGGUUCUCGGCUAUUUAGACCCAACGGAUAUUUGUAACUUGGCAAGAGUCAAUCGAGCUUUUCACCGCGCAUCAUCAGCUGAUUUUAUAUGGGAACCGAAGUUACCCGAAAAUUAUAGGAUUCUUUCGGAAAAACUUAUGUUUUAUGGAGGGAGUUCCGAGUGUUUGGGAAAGAAAGAUAUCUAUGCUGGAUUGUGUAGUCCUGUUAGAUUUUCUAGUGGUACAAAGGAAGUGUGGAUGGAGAAAGGAGGGGGGAUUUGCAUGUUGGCUUCUUGGAAGGGGAUGAAGAUAACAGGCAUUGAUGAUAGGAGAUAUUGGAGCCAUGUCCCUUCUCUGCAAUCAAGAUUUCACACAAUUGCGUAUCUUCAUCAAAUAUGGUGGUUGGAAGUAGAAGGAGACUUGGAGUUUGAAUUUCCAGCCGGUAGUUAUAGCCUUUUCUUUCGUCUUCAACUCGGAAGACCACCCAAGGGGCAAUACAAGACCACUCAACAUGUUCAUGGUUGGAACAUCAAGCCCGUUCGGUUCCAGUUUUCUGUAUCCAACGGCGAGCAUGCUACAUCUCAACAUUUUCUAAACGAGUCAGGGAAAUGGCAACGGUGUCAUGUUGGGGAUUUUGUCAUCCAGAGUUCGUAUAAACCUACAAAAAUCAACUUCUCCAUGACACAAAUUGAUUGUACUCACCAGAAAGGUGGUUUGGCUUUAGAUUCUGUGUUCAUAUGCCCCAAAAAACUUGACCUAGUACGGUGACAUGCAAGAUGUAUUGUUUUCUUAAGACAUGUAAUUUUAAUUUUUUCAUAUGUUAUCGGAUAAUGGAUUGAGAAAAUUGAUGUAAUAUUUUCCUAAGACAUGUAAGUUUUUGGUCA